CUCUCCAAUAGCAGAGGCUUUCGUUCUACGUAGCAGAAAGAUGGCUUCUACUCUUGGGCUUCAGUUUCUUCCUCUUUUCCUUUUGUUCCUUAUGAGUGGCCACGUCAUUGGUGCUAGAGAUAUGAAGGUAGAACUGCGAGAUGAGAAACAAGAUGAAUGGUACAAAGCCACAUCAGUGUCUAAUGACGAGUCAUAUGGCCAAGGGUACAUAACCACUUCAGAAUCCGCUGAACCUAAUUACCUAGCUUCAUAUACUGCUACUAAGCGCAACCAUAACCAUGAAAAGUUCCAUCAACCUUACAUAGCUGGGUACACAACAAGCAAUGCUGCAAACAAAGCCAAUCAACACAUAGCAGGGUAUAGAACCAAAACCUAUGAUUCCAAUACACCAUACAUAGCUGGUUACAGAACAACUAGUGCUUCCCAUAAAGCCCAAGAAUCCAAUACACCUUACAUUGCAGGGUAUAGGACCAACACUUAUGAUUCUAAUGCACCUUACAUAGCUGGGUACACAACUAGUGCACAUAUGGCUAACAAUCAACCAAAUUACAUUGCAGGGUAUAGAACUAGGACAACCCGUGAUUCCAAUACACCUUACAUUGCAGGGUAUAGGACUAGAACCACACAUGAUUCCAAUACACCUUACAUUGCAGGGUAUAGGACUAGAACCACCCAUGAUCCCAAUGCACCUUACAUUGCAGGGUAUAGGACUAGAACCACCCAUGAUCCCAAUGCACCUUACAUAGCUGGGUACACAACAACUACUGCCAAGAAAGCUCCAAAAGAGCCAUUCCAUGAUGAUACCACUGAACCUUAUAUAGCCCAAUAUGGAGAAACCAAACCCAAAAAGGACCUAAAAGAGUCAUCCCAUGAUGAUACCACUAAACCUUACAUAACCCAAUAUGGUGGAACCGGUACCAAAAAUGACCCAAAAGAAUCUUCCAAUAUUGUGGACCACACAGAGGCUUUCAAGACAGGAUUUUUCGCCUUAGAUGAUCUUCAUGUUGGGAAUGUGAUGACUCUCCAAUUUCCCAUCCAAGAGGUUUCUCACUUCCUACCAAAAAAAGAGGCUGAGUCCAUUCCUUUCUCAAUCUCACAACUCCCCAGUGUUCUUCAACUCUUCUCAAUCUCUGAAGAUUCUCCCCAAGCCAAUGCCAUGAGAGACACACUUGACCAAUGUGAAGCAGAACCCAUCACAGGGGAGACCAAGAUUUGUGCUACCUCUUUAGAGUCCAUGCUUGAAUUUGUUGGCAAAAUCAUUGGUUUAGAGACCAAGCAUAAUAUUAUCACAACCACACUUCCCACGGCCUCAGGUGUCCCUCUACAAAAGUUCACCAUUUUGGAAGUAUCAGAAGAUAUCAAUGCUUCUAAAUGGGUAGCUUGCCAUCCCUUACCAUACCCUUAUGCCAUUUACUAUUGCCACUUCAUAGCAACAGGGAGCAAGGUGUUCAAGGUCUCACUAGGUAGUGAGAAUAAUGGAGAUGACGACAAAAUUGAAGCUCUUGGCAUUUGUCAUUUGGACACAUCUGAUUGGAGCCCAAAUCACAUCAUAUUUAGGCAACUUGGAAUCAAGCCUGGGAAGGAUUCAGUGUGUCACUUUUUCACUAUAAAACAUCUUAUGUGGGUUCCCCAGCCUUUACAGGCCACCAUGUGAAUGGAGUCAGUUCCCUGGGUUUGUGUAAUAAAGGUCAAUCUCAACAGUGAUGACCAUGUACCCUUUGUGGACUUCCUCUCUUUGUCUGUAUUUCUUGUGCCUUGAAAAGACUUCCUUGGUAGUGUUUAUAUGUUCCUGGAAAAGCUGCACAAAUCUACAGGAAUGGAAACAUGGACUUAUGUAACGUUAAAUUUAUAAUGAACAUUUGAUCUGGUUGAAGCUA